AUGAAAAAAAGAAGGGAGGAACAGUCAAAAGGAGUUCUGAGCUCUACUAAUGAUAUGCUUUCCUGUUUGCUUGCAUUAAGGGAUGAAAAUCAUCAACCUCUAGCUGAUGAUGUAAUUACUGACAAUUUUAUUUUUUUAUUUGUUGCAAGUCAUGACACUUCUGCUACUCUUAUGAGCUUGAUGAUAUGGAAGUUAUCUAGAGAUCCAGAGGUUCACAAUAAAGUUUUACAAGAACAAAUGGAAAUUAUAAAGCAAAGGGAAAGAAGAGAAGACAGAUUAACAUGGGCAGAGAUACAAAAGAUGAAAUACACAUGGAGAGUUGCUCAGGAAAUGAUGAGGAUGAUCCCUCCUUUAUUUGGAAGCUUUAGAAAAGCACUUAAAGAUACAAGCUACGAAGGAUAUGACAUACCAAAAGGGUGGCAGGUAUAUUGGGCAGCAUAUGGAACCCACAUGAACAAUGAUAUAUUCGAGAAUCCAAACAAAUUUGAUCCAUCUCGUUUUGAAAAUCCAACCAAGCCAAUACCACCCUUUACUUACCUUUCAUUUGGUGCAGGGCUACAUUACUGCAUAGGAAACGAAUUUGCCAGGGUUGAAACCUUGACUAUUAUUCAUAACUUUGUAAAGAUGUAUGAAUGGUCUCAAGUAAACGCAGAGGAAGCAAUUACUCGUCAACCAAUGCCAUAUCCAUCCAAGGGUCUCCAUAUUAAGAUCAAACCCAGAUGUAAUAUGUCCUAA